AAUUGCAAUUUUAUUUUCAUUGUUGGAAUUAAAACCAACUGUUAAUCUCCUUGCAUUCCUUUGUGAUCAAUUUUUUUUGAUAGCCGUGGUGUUGGGGCUAGCUUUUAGGAACCUCGACUAAAUCAAUGAUAUACCUUAUGAUCAUUUUUUUUUAUAAUCGUGGUGUUGGUGUUAGAGGUCAGCUUUCACGCACCUCGACUAAAUUCCCGAGAUGCCGUGUGAUCAUUCUUUUUUUUUUUUAAUUGUGGUGUUAGAGGGCAGCUUUCGCGCACAUCGUUUAAAUCCACGAAAUACCUUGUGAUCAUUUUUUUAAUGAUUUGAAUUGUGUAUAGUAUGUAUAAUUGCUUCAUUUCCUCGUGACAAAAAUGAUGUUUUUGGCGUUGUAGCUAUUGAAAUGAGUGUCAACUUUGUAUUGGUCACACUUUAUUGCUUAACAACAACGACAACAACAUACGUAGUGUAACUCCAGGGAUCUCGAGAGGGUAAAAUAUAAGCAGAUCAUACCGCCUACCUUUAUGAGUGAGAAGUGAUAUUUUUGAUAGGACUUUGGCUAACAAAAAGCGACGUGAAAGAAGAAAGCUCUUUAUUGCUUAACAACAAUGACAACAACAUGCGUAGUGUAAUUCCAUAAGUGAGGUCCGAAAGGGGUAAAAUGUAUGCAAAUCUUACCUCUUUCCUCUUUCCUCUGUGAGGUAGAAAGGAUAUUUUUGAUAGACCUUUGGCUAGAAAAAAGCGAAGUGAAAGGAGAAACACUCUUUAUUGCUUAACAACAAUGACAACAACAAACGUAGUUAAUUUCACAAAUAGGGUCUGAAGUGGAUACAAUAUAAGUAAAUCUUAUCCCUACCUUUGUUGGGUAGAGAGGAUGUUUAUGAUAGAUCUUCAGCUCAAAAAAGGGGAAGUUGUUCGAGAAAGAGUUCCAAGAAGAAACACUCUUUAUUACUUAACAACAAUAACAAUAUACACGGUGUAAUACCCACAAGUGGGGUUUGUAGAGAGUAAAAUAUAUGAAGAUCUUACUCAUACCAGUAGGCUAGAUUAACUGUUUUCGAAGGACCCUCGGCUCAAAAAGUGAAGUUAUUCGGGAAAGGGUUGCUAAGAGGAACACUCUCUAUUGUUUUGAAUGUUGUAAAUGAAUACCAACUUUGUAUUGUUAACUCUUAAUUGCUUGAGUGUUGGAUGGAAAUGUUGACUUUGGGGAUUUGGAAUACUCCCUCCGUUACUAUCAGUUUGUCUGGUUUUGACUUGGCGCGUAGUUUAAGAAAGUUAAGAAUAUUUUUGAAUCUUGUGAUCUUAAACUAAAGAUAUAUAGAAUGUACCAAAUUGCGCUUUAAUCUUGUGGUCUUAAACAUGCCACGUGAAAAGUUAGAAUUAAAGAGUUGUCGAAAAAGGAACAUCCUUUUUGACUCUAAGUAAAACGGAAAGUAAGACAAACCAAUUGAAACGCAUGGAGUACAAUGUUUUCCGUUAGAAUUCCACGUUGGUUGAGGUUUUGGAUCAUAUUUUCUUUAUAUGAGUUUGGCCAAUCUUCACACCACUUGAACUAGCUAUGAGGUUGAAUUCGGUGCUAGGUCCGUUUUCUUAACAUGUUUCCAAGAUCCAUCGUGACGCUUGGUUACCUAAUGUCGGGCUCUCAUGUUUACACGGUAAAUAUUCUGUUGAGAUUUAGCAGGCUGACAAGUAGACUAGUACUACCAUUGCAGCAACAAUAACUAUAGAGGAUUCAUAUAACUGUCUUUAGUUAAUUUGAGAUUGAGGAUAGUUGAUUAAUUUGAUGUGAUUGUAUAUAUAACAAAUAGCAUAUUAAUGUACUUGUUUUGAGCCGGGGGUCUAUCAGAAACAGCCUCUCCACUUCUUCUUAGGUAGUGGUAUGGACUGCGUACACUCUUCCCUCCCCGUACCUCACUUUGUGGGAUUACACUGGGUAUGCUGUUGUUAUUGUAACAUAUUAAUGUACUAAACUGGUGGUUGCUUCGUCUUUUCCUAAUUUUUUUUCGCCAACUCUUUUUUGUUUGCAGGUAUAGCUAGUUAUGGCUGCUCCUGAAAGCAAUUUUAGUGGCAACAUUGAGAGAGAUUUCUAUAUUCCUACCUAUAUACUCUCAGAGGAUGCAAGUCAGAACGAUGAUGUACGUUUGUCUGAUGUACCUACAUGCCCUGUGCUAGUAUUCAUUAACUCUAAAAGUGGAGGUCAACUUGGUGGAGAUCUUCUUCAUACAUAUCGAUCACUUCUUAACAAGUAUCAGGUUUUUGAUUUGGGAGAAGAAACUCCUGAUAGUGUUCUACGUAGACUCUAUCUGAAUCUUGAAAAGCUAAAGAGCAAUGGUGAUGAAUUUGCCACCAAACUUGAGGAGAGAUUAAGGAUAAUUGUUGCAGGUGGAGAUGGAACAGCUGGCUGGCUUCUUGGAGUUGUAUCUGAUCUCAAACUAUCUCAGCCACCACCAAUUGCUACUGUCCCUUUGGGAACUGGAAACAACCUUCCGUUCGCUUUUGGCUGGGGCAAGAAGAAUCCUGGAACGGACCAGAACUCAGUUAUCUCAUUCUUGAAGAGUGUAAUGGAUGCAAAAGAAAUGAAGAUAGACAGUUGGCACAUUCUAAUGAGAAUGAGAGCACCACAAGAGGGUGCCUGUGAUCCUAUUGCACCACUUGAAUUGCCUCAUUCAUUGCAUGCGUUUCACCGGUUGUCUUCAUCUGAUGAUCUUAAUGUGGAAGGAUGCCAUACAUUUCGUGGAGGAUUCUGGAAUUAUUUCAGCAUGGGGAUGGAUGCACAAGUAUCAUAUGCAUUUCAUUCAGAACGAAAGAUGCAUCCAGAAAAAUUCAAAAACCAGCUCGUCAAUCAGAGUACAUAUGCAAGGCUUGGAUGUACGCAGGGAUGGUUUUGUGCGUCCCUUUUUCAUCCUUCUUCCAGGAACAUAGCUCAACUGGCCAAGGUUAAGAUAAUGAAAAAGCAUGGCGAAUGGAAAGACCUUGACAUCCCUCACAGUAUCAGGUCAAUUGUGUGCCUAAACUUGCCUAGCUUUUCUGGUGGACUGAAUCCUUGGGGAACACCAAACAGCAACAAACGCCGAGAUAGGGACUUGACUCCACCAUUUGUUGAUGAUGGCCUCAUUGAGGUUGUUGGCUUUAGAGAUGCUUGGCAUGGAAUGGUUCUUCUUGCUCCAAAUGGGCAUGGCACACGUCUCGCACAGGCACAUCGUAUCCGGUUUGAGUUUCAUAAGGGUGCAGCUGACCACACAUUCAUGAGGAUCGAUGGAGAACCAUGGAAGCAACCACUCCCAGUAGAUGAUGACACCGUUGUGGUAGAAAUCGCUCAUCUUGGACAAGUAAAGAUGCUUGCUACCCAUGAUUGCAGAUCCAAAAGCGUACACGAUCCAUCAAGUCAUGUCCAUCAUGAUGGCGAUGAUGGUGAUAGCGAUGGUGAAGAGGAUUCGGUUGUGGAAGAGCAGAGGAAAUUCGGGGCAGCAGACACAUUCAAAAUUCCUGAUGAAGUUGACAUUGCACAUCUCAGUUGAUUCUUUGUUCAAAAUUUGUUUAUGUUGCAACCUCCAUAUUGAUUUAUGUUGAUGUAGUAGACGGAAAAUUUGUUUUUGUGAGUUGAGAUAUUAUGACAUUGACAUUUCAGUAUAUGCAUACGAAUUUGUUGAUUAAUUGCAAUGUAAAUGUGAGUUGAAUAUCUUAAGUACAUGAUAUUGGAGAUGCUUGAAGA